UUUCUCCCGCGCAUGCGCACCUCUGCGGCGCAGCUUUCCAUUUCCGGUUCCGCUCUGCUCUUUCCUUUGGUGGCUACGUGUCUUUAGGACGGCGUUCGUUGUCUGUUCUUGAGGCGGAGGUCGCUUUGGAGGGUCGUUCGCCAUGGACCAAGUGAUGCAGUUUGUGGAGCCCAGCCGCCAGUUUGUGAAAGACUCCAUCCGGCUUGUCAAGAGAUGCACAAAGCCAGAUAGGAAAGAAUUCCAGAAGAUUGCUAUGGCAACAGCGAUAGGUUUUGCGAUAAUGGGAUUUAUCGGUUUCUUUGUAAAACUGAUCCACAUUCCAAUCAACAACAUCAUUGUAGGUGGCUGAAUGCUUCAUGAAGACUUGAUAUUGGACAUAGUGACAUAUGAGAAGGUUGUGGGCUUUCUGGAUUAAGAAUCUAUUUGGAUCUUCUUUUACUAUUUGACAAUAUAAACCAGGUUUUAAAGAACAACUGUUGUGGCAUUCUAUUUGGUUAAUACAAGCACAUCUUGAUAAA